UUUUAGCACAGUGUUCUGAGUAAUCUCGUGCAGUUUCAUAAAUGACCGUGAGACUGCAGACAUCAGUAUCAGCUCUACUCUUCUUAAGCAGCUACAGUAUGAAUAAAAUUGAGAAAGUCUGGAUCCUACUGUUAUUUCAGAGUUUGUGCAUUGCUCAAACUCAGGGUUUUAAUGUGGGGACUUCUGAUGCAAAAAUAUUCACGGGUGCUAGUGGUGAAGAGUUUGGAUACAAUGUACAACAGUUCAGUAAUAGUCAAGGAAAAUGGCUGCUGGUUGGAUCUCCAUGGAGUGGAUACCCUAAAAAUAGAAAAGGAGACAUCUACAAGUGUGCCAUCAAUGGUGCCAGCUGUCAAAAACUAAACCUUAAAAACUCUGUCAACAUAACUGGUGUGGAGAAUAUAAACAUCAACAUGAGUCUGGGUCUGACCCUCACUUCAAUAACUAAAUCUAAAGGAAAUGCAUUCAUGACAUGUGGUCCUCUGUGGGCCCAGCGCUGUGGUAGUCAAUACUUUAAUCCAGGAAUCUGUGUUGAAGUGAACUCAAAGUUUUCACCUCAGCCGGCUUUCGCCCCAGCCAUUCAGACAUGUGGUGGUCCAAUGGAUGUUGCCAUUGUUUUGGAUGGAUCAAACAGUAUUUACCCCUGGCAUGAAGUUGUAAAGUUUCUUGUAAACCUUUUGAACAACCUUAAUAUUGGACCGGAUGAAACUCGGGUCAGUAUUAUGCAGUAUUCAGUGAAUGUGACUUCACACUACAAAUUUGCCGAUGACCAAAUCAAAGAAAAUGUUCUUUCAACUGCAAAAAGUAUUAAACAGAAAGAGGGGCUAAGCACCAAAACUUUUGCAGCAAUUGACAAUGUCAGAAAAGAGGCAUUUCUCCCUGAAAAUGGUGGCCGCCCAGGUGCCACUAAAGUGAUGGUAGUGGUCACUGAUGGAGAGUCUUUUGAUGGUGAUAUAGCUCAAGAGGUUAUUGACAAGUGUAAUAAAGAUGGGAUCAUUCGCUUUGGCAUUGCUAUUCUCAAAAAAGAUGCCGAUUUACCAAAAUUCAUCCAGGAAAUUGAACUAAUCGCUAGCACCCCUACAGAAAACUACAUGUUCAAUGUGUCAUCAGAGGAAGCUCUUAACAAUAUUGCAGGAACUCUUGGAGACAGAAUAUUUAACAUUGAAGGGACCAGCCAAGGAGAAAGUUUUAAAAUGCAAAUGUCCCAAGUUGGAUUCAGUGCACACCAGACCAAUAAGAAGAAUGUGAUCAUGCUGGGUGCUGUUGGUGCGUAUGGUUGGAGUGGAACCGUUGUUCAUCAGAAUGGUCAGAAAUCACAGAUUUUUGCAGAAAAUGGUUUUGAGAAAAUCCUGGACGAUAGAAACCACAGUUCAUUACUCGGAUACUCUGUCAGCACUUUAAUUGACGGCUCUUCAGAGUUUUAUGUGGCUGGUGCUCCUCGUGCCGUUCAUAGAGGACAAGUUGUAGUUUACACCAUCAGAGAGAAACAACCCUUCAUUGUAGAUUCACAAAGAGGAGAUCAGAUCGGGUCUUAUUUCGGCAGCGUCCUUUGUCCUGUUGAUGUGGAUGGUGACGGUGUGACUGAUGUGCUGCUGGUUGGAGCUCCAAUGUACAUGAGUGAAAAGAAGUUUGAAACAGGGAGAGUUUAUCUCUUCUCCGUUAAUAAGGGCUCCUUAGGCAAACAGGGCACCUUAGAGGGUUCCUCCCCACUGGAGAACGCUAGGUUUGGAACGGCCAUCACCUCAGUACGAGAUCUUAACCUGGACGGCUUUAGUGAUGUGGUGGUUGGAGCUCCACUGGAGGGCAAUGGCCAAGGUGCCAUUUACAUCUACUAUGGAGAUCGAAAAACCAUCAGAAAGCAGAGCUCACAGAAAAUACUUGGAUCAAAGCUAGACCAAACACUUCGACUCUUUGGACGUUCUUUGGAUAGCCGUGAAGAUAUGAACGGUGAUUCAAUCCCUGAUAUUUCAGUCGGAGGAUUUGAGAAAGCUGUGCAGCUCUGGUCAAAGGGAGUGGCAUCUGUCACCACAACGGCCUCCUUCAACCCGGACAAGAUCAACAUUUUGAAAAAACCCUGCCUGAUUGGUGGAAGAAAGGUGUCAUGUUUUACUGCUAAAGUUUGUUUCAGGUCAACAUUCAGACCUAAAACAUUGCUGGGUCCAGUAGAUAUCAAAUACAACUUGACCCUGGAUGCUGACCUAGAAUCAUCUAGAGCCAUCUCAAGAGCUCAGUUUGAAAACUCAGAGCGUGGCAUCCAGAGAGCUGUCAGUGUUUCUAAUACAGAAACGUGUAUAGAUCAUAAAGUCAAUGUGCAGGAGACUCCUGAUUUUGUGAAUGCAAUCGCUUUGCGGUUAGACAUCAGUCCACAGAAUCCAGAUAUCGGCCCUGCUCUGGAUGCAUUUCACCCUAAAGCAUGGGAGUAUUUUAUCCCUUUUGUAAAGGACUGUGGCUCUGAUGAGAAAUGUACUUGUGACUUGAAGCUGACUGUGAAAGCUGUUAAUGUACCAAGCUCAUCCUCACUGUUAGUGAACUCUGAAAGAAGAAGACUCUCCUUUUCUGUGACCGUAAUGAACAGAAAAGAAAAUGCUUACAAUACAAGAAUAUCAGCCAACUUCUCCUCUAACCUCUUCUACGCGUCCUUCACACCACCGACUGACAACACCGAAGUAAAAUGCACUUCAAAAGCAAAUUCACUCGACUGCCAAGUUGGAUACCCAGCUCUGACAACUGGCCAAACAGUAUCAUUUGAGAUCAGCUUUGACUUUAACCUGAAUCAGCUGCAAAAAAAUGCCAUUGUGGACUUUGAAGUCCAAAGUGACAGUGAGGAGGAAGUGACAUCAGAUAACAAAGUUUCUAUCAUCACCCCGAUCCAGUAUGACUCUGAAAUCCUUCUCACCAGGUACUUGAACUUGGAUUUUUGUUUGGUUGGCGCAGAAGAUCAAGUCAAAAAUACAGUCUCAGACUUUGAUGACAUCGGCCCAGAAUUUAACUUAGUAUUACAAGUUUCAACAGGAAACUUCCCCAUCAAUCAGGCUGAAUUGACUGUAUCACUGCCCACCAGCACCAAUGCUGGAAAUCCUUUAUUAUAUGUGACCUCAGUGAAAACUGCACCUGUUGGAAAUGUGCAGUGUUACGACAGCAGUCUGGUUGACCCGUUGAAGAUCAGUGAGAAAGCGCACACUGCCAGCUUUACUAAAGAGAGCUUUAGAGGAACAAAAGAACUGAAUUGUCAGGCUGUAAAAUGUAAACCCAUUACUUGCCGUCUCAAAGACCUGGAGAUAAAGAGCAACUACUUUGUUAACAUCACCGUCAGGCUCUGGAAUGGCACAUUUGCUUUUGCCGAUUUUCAGACAGUUUCAUUGGCUGGAGACGCUGUGAUCAAAACAUCUCAGCCUGAUCUCAUAGUCAUCACCCAUAAUAAACAGCAGAUAAGAAUUACAGUCAGUAAAGAAGGAGCCAGUGGUGACAUUCCUAUUGGUAUUAUCAUAGGCAGCGUCAUUGGCGGGCUUCUCCUCCUCGCCCUAGUUACCGUGAUUUUAUGGAAGCUUGGCUUCUUUAAGAGAAAGAAAUUGCCGGAGAAGACUGAACAGGACCAGGCAGAAGAAGAAGGAUUGUGUGAUAACACAGCAUAAAUAAGACAGACAUACUCCAGUAUGUGGAUAUACUGGAAAACUUGACCCCUGGCCCCCUUUGAAGCCACUGAAUAGUUUUUUUUUUUGCACACGUUUCUUCUAUGAACUGCAUGUACAUGUACACAUGCACUGAUAUGGUACAUUGAGGCUUCCUCAGUAUAACUACAGUAAAAUAACUGAUAUUCAGUUUAUAACUAUUUCAGAGCAAAAUGCACACCAGUACUGCCACUGGAUUUUAUUCUGAUAAUAUUGUAUUUCAAAAUGUCUCGCAAUUGUUUUUUGCAGAUGUAGUUUUGCAUUUGUCCUUAGUUGACAGUAUCAGGAUGAAAAUAUGAACAAAUAAGUCUGUGCAUGCAGAAGUAAGACACGGGGGUGGAGUAAGAUGGGGAACGUUAAGUAAUUUCUGCCAGAGGCUGUAGUUUUUGUCUGCGAAUUUCUGCAUCAUUCUCGUUCUAACACGCUUUGGGAUGUACCCUACAUGCUUCUUAGUUAACAGUUCAGCUUACAAUUCAAAUUCUGACUUUUUUACUUCUUUUACCCAAUUAAAUAAUAAUGUAUAAAAGAGUUUUAAGUAGUAAAUACAUUAAUAUAAUAAAAACACUCUAUUCAGUGUGUUUUAAACUUUUAUUUUUGGGUGAACAAUUUAUGUUUUAAAGUCUCCAAAAAUACAGUAUGUUUGUGAUUGUACAUUUACCUGCCAUUGUAUACUGAGACUUAAUACCCAACCUUUAUUGACAGGUCCCUAAGGAUAUGACUUAAAUUCCUUAAAGUUCUCCUAAAUGUAUAUAUUAUGCUAUUUUGUAAAAACUUAUAAAGGUAUUUUCACCCCUUCACUGCCCCUGCAAAAACUUGAUAUUGUUUGUGACAGAAGUGUCUGCAAAAUGUCUCUCUAUUAAAAAAAUUAAAUGUUGAAAUUGCACCAAUAAUAAGCUAGACGCCAACGCAGAGAUGUGUUUACACCCAGGUAGUCCUGAGCAAUAGUAACAUUUACAUUAGCUAUAUUUAGGCAUUUAGCAGACACUUUUAUCCGAUGCAACUUAAAAUAGGAAAACAAUAAAGCGAUUUAUCUUAGAAAGGCAAAAAUAUUAGAAGUGCUAUAGACACGUGCGGCGACGUGAUAAGUGUCUGGUCCGAACUUUACUUCCGGUUUCUGUUUGUUUAAUGGUCUGACUAGUUGCUGAAACUGAACUCUUAAACAAAUACCUCGUCGAAAAUAACGAAUGUUUUGGGUUCCUAUGUAAUCUAUGUGUUGUUUAUUUUGCUUGUUAUAUAAAUAAACUACUUUAAAAAGA